AUGCCCGCUUACAGCCCGCGCGCCCAAGCCGCGCUGCUCAAGGCCGUCAACCAAGUCUUUGAUCUCGACCAGACGGCCGAAUCCCUGGAGGAGUUGCGCAAUGGCAUCAUUCUCGCGCACAUCCUCCACGAGCUGGAUUCCGAAUUCGAACCUUCACACCUCGAGUCCAACCCCCCCGGCACCUCCAAGUACCUGACCAACAAGCGCAACAUUCAAACAGUGUACAAGGGUUUGUUUCGAUUCAUCCGUCAGAGAGUCCCCGAGCUCGCUUGCCAAGCGAGAAGGGUUGACUUCCAUGCCAUCACCGAGAUUCCCGAGGCGCAGGGCAUUAGCCAGCUACUUGCCGUCAUGGUGUCCGCUGCUGCCAUGGGCCCUGACAAUGGAAAGUACGUGCCGCGGAUACAGCACGGCCUUGACCGUGACAACCAAGCGGAGAUUAUGCAAAUUAUCCGCGGCAUGCAGCAGGACGUUGAGAGCUACAAGGAUGCCGACUUGGACGAGGCGAUCGACGCCGUCACGGAGGCACGAGACAUCGACCUCGUCGUCGAAGAGCAGAAUGCCACGCUUCGGCAACAGCUCGAUGCUGCCAAAAAAGCUCUUUCCGACUACAUCACUCGACUCGAGCAUCUGCAGCAAAGUCACGAGGAACUGAAACAUGAGAAGGAGAAGAAUGAGCGCGAGCUGGACGUUUUUCGGAAAGCGACGCUCGAUGGAGCACACAGCGCCCAGGCCAUCAAACUCCUGGAAGCACAGGUGCAAGAGCAGAUGGAAAUCAUAUCCAGGAAUGAGGAGAGCAUCAGAGACAGCGACAGGGCGAAGGCGCAGCUGGAAAGUGAGGUGCAAAGGCUGAGCCAGAAGAGCAUGCAAGCGGACGAGCUUCGAGACCAAGCCACCGAAUGGAAACACAAGGCAGAGGAGCUGGAGAAGAAGGCCAAUACGGCCGAGAGGUACAAGCAAAAGCUCGAAGCGCAGCAGGGCCUCGUCAGAGAGGUGCAAAACCUCCAGUAUGAAAGGACCGAGUUGCAGGAGCAGAUCCGAUCGCUCAAGAACGACCGGGAACGGGGGGACCGCACCAGAAAGGCCGAGGACGAGCUCACGAGGAUGAUCACGCAGUCGGAACAACACUUGUGGGACGAACGGAAUCAGAAGAACCAACUGCUCACGGACAUUGCCACACUCAGGGACGAGCUGGUACGAUUGAAGGCGCAGUGUGCCCAUGAUGAACGCUUCAUACAAGACCUGCAGGACCAGAUGCAGCAGCAAGGGUCCGCUGUCACAUCCCCUUCGCAGUACUUGGCUGCUUCGACCGCCUUCAACCUCGAGGACGAACUGAAAGCGGCUAGCAGUGAAGGUCAGGCCAACGUACCCCUGGAGAUGUCUAGGCUGAAAGCCGAGAACGAGCUACUCCGUCGAACCUUUGGGUCCUCCGGGGACACCGCCUCACUUAGGCGCGAACUGGAGGAGCAGAGGCGCCUGGAGCAGAGGCUUCAGCAAAACCUGAACAUCAUCUUCGAGAAGCAAACGAUCACAGAAGAGCAGAUCAAGGCGUUGAUGGAGAACGCGACGGAUGAAAGGUCGCAAGCGUUCAUCAAACUGCGUUCUCAGCUCGCGGAAUCGCAGUCGAAACUCGAGGAAGCGGCCAAGAGCUCGUCGGAUCUUCAAGCCAAGGCGGCGGAUAUGAACCGAGAUCUCCUUCGGGUCAAAGCACAGCUCUCGGCGACGGAAAAGGGAGGAUUGGAGGCGAUCGAUGAUCUGAAGAGCACGGAUAAACUGAUAUCCGAGUCACUCAAGGAUGAGCUGGACCGACUACGAGAGGAGCAUAAUUUUGUUGUGAGCGAGCGGGACGCUCAAAAAUCGCAGUUGAUCGAGGCCCUUCUCGCCAAGGACAAGCUACGCAGGGAGGCGGUCGACAAUGACACAAGCACGAUCGCGGCGGCCGACCCCGAUGCCGAAGACGCCGCUAGGAAAUCGGGAGAAAAGAUUGAGAAGCUACGGGCUCGUCUGAAAGAGCGAAAACUGCAACUCGAGCAAUCGGAGAAUGACAAGCUUGACCUGCAACACAAGCUCAAGGAGGCGCAAGGGGGCGAGGACUCCGCCGGGCGAAAGGAUGCCGCGGAGCAGAUGGUGAAGAACCUCCAACGGGAAAAUGCAUUAAUCGCGACUGCGUGGUAUGACCUCACCAGCCGGCUGCAAAGCAAUCAUGUCGUCUUGCAACGGCGACAGGAUGCGCCUCGGAGCUGGCUGAACAAGCAGAGGCAGAUGGUCAAUGGUCAGUUGCGCCGACGCGACUUGCUCUACCUCUACUGA